UAGAAUAGACUAAAAAGGAAAGUAUCUCGUCUAAUUUGAAACGGAGGGGGUAUUAUGUGAAUUUUAAGUUGAACAAAAAAGUAUUUGAAAGUUUAAAAUUUGUGUUUGGACAUUAAUCUGACUGGACAAAAACGUUGAAGAUUCAUUGUAUAAAAUGCAUUUUUUCAUUUCUUUAUCGUCCCAUAAGAAUCAUUUACCAUAUAUACAAUAAAAGAGUACGCUUGAGCUUUUCUAGAAUAGGCUUCUAAAGCAGUCUCCUGUCUGUAGUUUAAGGAUGUGGAAGAAAACCAACUACUUAAUUUGAUUGAUGAAGGACUAAUAAUCUCUAGGUUGAGCCAUAAUCUAGGUACUACAAUUAUCCUCCGAAUCUCAAACACCCAUAAACUAAGCCCUUCCUAAAGAUAAGUAAACCCCACAAAUCAAGAAGAGAGUCCCUGUAAUAAUAUAAUGCAGAAAUUUAGGUGUCUUUCACUGCCAUUCUAUUUAUUUAUGAAAUUGGUAUUAAAAAGUGAACGCAGCUAGCCUAAUACUAGUCAUGUGUUUGGAAAAUAACAAAAGAAUUCUAUCUGUUUUUUCUUUAGAGGCGAUCUGCAAACUUGAAUUCCAUAGAUUCUACACCGACUAAACAACGAACAUAGAUCAAUGUUUUUAAAAAAAUAAGAAUCAGUGCUCGCACCGGGUAAUUAGGCACUCGUACAACGUCAUUGGAGACGCCAGGGCCUGACCUAGAGCAUCGAAUAUGGGUUCUCGGAAACCUAGUAACUCUUGUAAACCUCAUAUCCUAAAUCCGCCUCUGGCAGACGCCUGGAGCUCUCGUCUCGCAAGACUUGCACAUUAAGGGACCGAUGUACUCUUCGGAUACGCCCAACGUACAUAUUCAUCCCAUUGUGUUUGAAGGUUCUUUGAAUAACACCAAGUUUCCAGACUGCUUUUGCGGAAGAAGACUUGGAUUUGAUCAAAGUCUUUCUCUUUGAAAAGAAAACAUAAAAAGCAAGACCUUACUCACAUCAGUCAAGUCUUUGGGAGUUGGGACCUCUCAAAGAAAGGGGGUUGAUGUGCUUGUUAAAUACGGAGAUCCCUUUAAUUUAUACAACUAUCUAGUCAUUCAAAAGAUAACUACGUGCUUGUUAAACUCGAUUAUUAGGGAAAUCAUAGUUUCUUGAGCCUGAUGCACAAUACCCUCUUAAAAUUUUCUACUAGUCCAUGUAUCAUCUCACUGACAGUCCUUUUCUUAACUCGAUAAUAUUGGGGAACCAACUGAUGCUUUCUUUAAUUAGAUUAGAAGCAAAAACUUGUGGUCUCUUUGUCUGGAAUCUGAAAUGAUUAAGUGGUCAUCAAACUUACAUCUUAUAAAUUUCUAUUAAGAACCGUGCAUGCAGUGGAUUUAAGCUUCAACGUACUUCUGGAAAAAUGAACAAAAUAAAAACAUCUUCUAAGGUAUAAUAUAAUUAUCCUCCUCCUUUUCGAAAUUUAGUAAGCAAUAUCGAAAAAGCUAAUGAAAUCUUUGGUGUUAUAUCAUUCUGAACUCUUCUUUCUUUAUUCCUCACCCCACCCCCACCCGGUAUUGUCCAAUUUAAUUUCUUUUCCGUGUGAGGACGAUUGAGAAUAAUGCAUAGCCAGACUUUGCACCUCUACUUACUCCAACAAGAGUUUAGAGUCAAGUCUUUGGGGACACUCAAGGAAAAGGAUUGCUGUGGUUGCUAAAUAAGGAGAGGAUAACGAGAACUAAAACAUCCGCAGAAGAUACCAAGGAGAUCAACUUAUAUUUAAAGUCUCAUUGCCCAUUGUACAUAGCCACGCCUACUUCUUUCUAAUUUCUAAAGUACUAAUGGAGAAAGCCUUCACCUCUUUUCUCUUGUUCUUUCACUUGGUUGUGGCUAGUUUAGCCAUGAGUCACACCAACAUUACCACUGAUCAAUUAGCUCUUCUUUCUUUGAAAUCCCAAAUCAUUGCAGAUCCUUUUCACUUGUUAUAUGAAAGUUGGUCUCCAGCCACUCCUAUUUCCGAUUGGAUUGGAGUCACAUGUGGUCCUCGCCACCAUAGAGUGAAGUCAUUGAACAUUUCCAACAUGGCUCUUACAGGCAGAAUUCCCCCUAAUUUCGGAAAUCUCACAUUUCUUGUUUCUCUCGACUUGGGUAGCAACAAUUUCUAUGGCAAUUUGCCUCAAGAAAUGGCACGUUUGCAUCGGUUAAGGUUUGUUAGACUUGGUUUUAACAACUUUAGCGGGGAGGUUCCUUCCUGGUUCGGGGUCUUACACCAACUUCAAGUUCUAACUCUAAGGAAUAAUAGUUUUAGUGGUUCCAUCCCCUCUUUAUUUUCUAAUAUUUCCACGCUUCAAACUUUGGAUUUGACAUGCAAUUCCUUAGAGGGCCACAUCCCAGAAGAGAUUGGAAAUAUUGAAAAUCUAAGGUUUUUAAGUUUAGGUGGAAACAAGUUUACCGGUUCUAUCCCUCUGUCUCUCUCGAAUGCCUCAAUGUUGAUGACUUUAGAACUUUCUCAAAAUUUCCUUGAAGGAAACAUCCCAGAAGAGAUUGGAAGACUUCAAACCCUAAAAAUAUUGUCAAUAGAAUCAAAUCAACUUACAGGUUCUAUACCAUUCUCGAUCUUCAACAUUUCUGGAAUUGAAGUCAUUGCAUUUACAAAAAAUACCUUAUCAGGAAAUCUACCUGCUGCCAUGUGUGAUUAUAUUCCAAUGCUCGAAAAGCUUUAUCUAAGUAAGAACGAGCUACGCGGUCAUAUGCCUCUAAGCUUGCCAAACUGUUCAAACCUUCAACUAUUGUCUUUAUCUUAUAACAAGUUUGAUGGACCCAUACAUAGUGAAAUCGGGAUUCUUAAUAAUUUGGUGAUUUUAGGGCUGGAGACAAACCAUAUUUCUGGUCGAAUCCCAGUCUCCACAUUCAAUAUCUCCUCGCUGCAGGUUUUGGUACUAGCUCACAACAAUCUUAUUGGAUCCUUUCCAAGGGAGGUUGGCAAUUUGACCAAAUUGCAAAUUCUAGAUCUUGCUGACAAUAUGCUUACAGGUGAAAUACCAAAAGAAGUAAGCAAUCUCAUUGAGUUGUUUGAUCUGAGUUUCAACAAGUUUACUGGUUCAAUACCAAUGGAGAUCUUCAACAUAUCAGGGAUGAGAGAGAUUCAACUUAUAUUCAAUAAUCUGACAGGAACCCUCCCAUUAGACAUAGGUUCUACGUUACCCAACAUUGAAGUUCUUCGUCUGAGCAACUUAAAUCUUUCUGGGACUAUACCUCAUUCUCUCUCCAAUUGUUCCAAACUGACUAGUCUAGACCUUUCUUUCAAUAGACUCACCGGUUUGAUUCCCAACUCCCUCGGUCUUUUGACUCGUAUACAGUCCCUAGGCUUGGAUGUAAACAAUUUAAUGAGCGACACUAGGUUAAGCUUCUUGACUUCCUUGUCAAAUUGUAGAGAUUUAAAAUUUCUUUUUCUAUCUUCAAACCCUCUAUAUGGUGUGCUUCCAGCCUCACUAGGGAACCUUUCUGUCACUUCUCUUCUAAGGUUUAGAGCUACUGAUUGCAGAAUUAAAGGGGAACUUCCAAAAGGAAUUGGGAACUUAAGUAGCUUAUUAGAGCUUGAUCUUUCUGAAAAUGGCUUAGCUGGAUCAAUUCCCACAACAAUUAGCAACUUGAGAUUCCUUCAGAGUUGUAAGUUGAGUCACAAUAAACUUUCUGGAUUUACUCAAAUCGAUCUAUGUAAAUUGCAGAACUUGGGUUAUUUACACUUGACCCAAAAUCAACUUUCAGGAUCUCUUCCUAAUUGUAUAGGGAACUUAACUUCCCUUCAGGAGUUAUUUCUAGGUUCCAACAAAUACCGUUCAGACAUACCAGCAAGCAUAGGGAACCUAAUAAAUCUCUUGAAGCUAGACUUAUCUUCAAACAACUUGGGUGGCUCUUUACCUCCGGAAAUCGGAAAUCUAAAAGCCGUGAUAUAUAUUGAUCUAUCAAUGAAUACACUCUCAAAUGGCAUUCCUGGAGGAAUUGGUAGCUUGCAAAAUCUAAUACACCUGUCUUUGAGAGACAAUAAAUUGCAAGGAUCAAUACCUGACUCAAUGAGCAGCAUGUCGGCUUUGGAAUUUCUAGACCUUUCUCAUAACAAUGUUUCAGGAUUAAUUCCAAAGUCAUUGGAGAAGCUUCAAAAUCUUAAGUAUUUUGAUGUUUCUUUCAACAAGUUGGUUGGUGAAAUCCCCUCGGGCGGUCCGUUCAAGAACCUCUCCAGUCAGUCUUUCAUGUUCAAUGAAGCAUUUUGUGGUUCUCCGAGAUUUCGUGUUCUGCCAUGCCCCACUAAUACUGCAAAGCAUAGAUCCAAGAGGAAAAAAGUACUUGUUCUAAUUCUACUGAUCGGAAUUCCACUUGUUGUAUUAAUGCCUAUCGCGUUUGUGCUUGUAUGGAUAAGGUACAUAAGAGGCAAAAAACUUGAUCCUCAGCAAACAGCUGAAUCAUCGUAUGACGUCUCAACAAGAGAACGAAUUUCAUACUAUGAAUUGCUCCAAGCAACUGAUUCGCUCAACGAGAGCAAUUUGAUUGGUUCUGGGAGCUUCAGCUCUGUUUACAAAGGCAUCCUCAGAGAUGGGACUCCUAUUGCAGCUAAAGUGUUCAAUCUGCAAUUGCAAGCAGCAUUUAGGAAUUUUGAUACAGAAUGCCAAGUUUUGCGCAACAUUCUCCAUAGGAAUCUCACCAAAGUCAUCACUAGUUGUUCCAACCAUGAAUUUAAGGCUUUGAUACUUGAGUACAUGCCUAACGGGAGCCUGGAUAAGUGGUUGUAUUCGCACAACUACUUCUUAGACAUCAAGCAUAGACUAGGUAUAAUGAUAGAUGUGGCAUGUGCCUUGGAAUAUCUCCACCAUGGCUGCUCAUUGCCCGUGAUUCACUGUGAUUUGAAGCCUAGUAACAUCUUGUUGGAUGAGGACAUGGUUGCCCACCUAAGUGACUUUGGCAUUUCAAAACUGCUUUCUGACGAUGAGAGUGCUUCAUUCACAAAAACUUUAGCUACAUUAGGUUAUAUUGCACCAGAGUAUGGACUAGAGGGAUUGGUGUCAACAAAAGGCGAUGUUUAUAGUUAUGGAAUCAUGUUAAUGGAAACAUUUACAAGGACAAAGCCUAAUGAUGAAAUGUUUGAUGAAGAUCUUAGCUUGAAGCAAUGGGUGAGCAACUCAUUCUCACAUGCAGUAAUGGAAAUUGUCGAUGCCAACUUAAUAAAGCCACAGGAUAAUCACUUAAUGAAAAAGUUAGACUGUGUGGUUUCCAUCAUGAAAGUGGCAAUAGAUUGUUGUGUUAAAUCUCCUAAAGGAAGGAUUGACAUGAAAGAUGUUGUAGCGAGGUUAAACACGAUCAAGACUCAACUUCUUGCAUGUUGAGCAAAUUCUUAUAAGAAUCUUCUCUUCCAAAUCAUCUCGUGUGUAACAAAUGUUUGCAAUAAUAUUUAGCCUCAAAUAGGCUAUAGUUUGGUUUGAUUCAUAACAUCUAUUUGUAGGCAAGGCGGGACUUUUCCUUUUGUUAAAUCUAUUUGCCCAGUUCUUUUAAUAAAUCUGCUACAGUUAGGAUCUUGAUUGGGACUGAGGCAUAGUAAUUGUUGUUAUUGUUGUUGUUGUUGUUGUUGUUGUAAUUAUAAUUAGGAUAUUGAUUAGCUUCGA